AUGGACCAGUCGAAGCGCGGUCCAAGGGCGGGCGACGCGGAGGUCGUGGAUACGGCGAGCAUUCCGGCGGGCAUUGCCUCGGGUGCCGCGGAAAGAAACUCAGAGAAGGGCGGGAUGGCGGAGAGGGAUGCGGAGGGUGGCGAGCGGGCGGAGAAGGCGGAGAGGGCCGCGGAGAAGGGGGCGGAGGCGGCGGGAGGGGGGAUCGGCGCAGCGGACGAGCUGAGGGCGCGCGUGGGCCGUCGGAUGGCGAAGAAGAUCAAGAAGGUGGUGGCGGCGGGCAAGGGCGACGCGAAGCACUACUACGACGUGUACGGCGCGCAGGUAGGCGCGCGGUGGGGGGGGGGAGGAGGGGGCGGGGGGGCGGGGGAAGAGAGAGGGGGGGGGGAGGGACAGGGGGCGCGUGCAGAGCUGGAGCUGCGCCCGCCUGUGUCUAAGGGCGCAGAGCAGCGCGCCAAGCCUCUCAGCUUCACUGUAACUCUGAUACAAGCCGCUGGUAUCAAGGGUGGUGGUGCUGCUGGUGCAGGAAAAUAUUUCUUUCCCCUCCUUUUUCCUCAUUUCCGCCUCUCCCCUUUCCCCGCUUUCUCCCAUUCCCCCAUUUCCCCCCUUUCCCCCAUUUUCCCCCUUUCUCCCCCUCCCUCCUCACCCGCCCUGGCAGAACAAGCCGCUGGUAUCAAGGGUGGUGGUGCUGCUGGUGCCAGGAAUCGAUGCCCAUACCUUCCACUCCCACCCAGACCUCUUCCCGAACCUGCACCGCUGCUUCGGCGGCAAAUCUCUGCCGUUGAAGGCUGUGAGCCCCCAUUCCCCCAUCCGCCCAUCCCUUCAUCCCCCCAUCCCCCCAUCCACCCAGCAGCAACGGUAUCAGACACCAUGAAGGCCAUGUUUGCACGACCCGUUGCUCUCAAGAAAAGCACCAGCUCGUCGCCUGCCAAAUCAGCAGCUGCCACGUCAGCACAUGCGGACAGCAGGGCAGGAGCAGGUGUGACAAACGGUCCCCCUCUCCCUCCCGAGCACUACCUGCUGACGUGGCGCCAGCUGAAAGAAAACAAUUUUCCGCUGCCCGUGGUGGCGGGCAACAAGGGGCGAGACGGGCAGGAUGGGAAAGAGGCUGCCCGGAAAGCAGGUGGCAGCAUCUCACUUGCUGAUGGCUCGGCUGUUCCUCCUCCAGGUCAGAUUGCAAUCUUUCCAGGUCAGAUUGUAACCUUUCCAGGUCACGUCUCAGGGAGGGAUGCAGGGGGAAGAGGGGGAAAGGCAGGCAGAAGAGAGGUGAGAGGGGGCAAGGAGCAGCAGAGGGGGUACCAUCGUUUGAGACGUCUCAAAACGAGGGAGGACCAUCGGUUGGUGGCUGUUGACUGUGAGAUGGUGAGUGCCAUGCACGGAGGGAUGCAGACAUGGGUGGGGUGGGGAAAGAAGGAAGUGGGGGUCAGUCAGAGGGGGGGUCAGUCAGAGGGGGGGUCAGUCAGAGGGGGGGUCAGUCAGAGGGGGGGUCAGUCAGAGGGGGGGGUCAGUCAGAGGGGGGGUCAGUCAGAGGGGGGGUCAGUCAGAGGGGUGGGGUCAGUCAAAGGGGGGGGUCAGUCAGAGGGGGGGUCAGUCAGAGGGGGGGUCAGUCAGAGGGGGGGUCAGUCAGAGGGGGGGUCAGUCAGAGGGGGGGUCAGUCAGAGGGGGGGUCAGUCAGAGGGGGGGUCAGUCAGAGGGGGGGUCAGUCAGAGGGGGGGUCAGUCAGAGGGGGGGUCAGUCAGAGGGGGGGUCAGUCAGAGGGGGGGUCAGUCAGAGGGGGGGUCAGUCAGAGGGGGGUCAGUCAGAGGGGGGGUCAGUCAGAGGGGGGGUCAGUCAGAGGGGGGGUCAGUCAGAGGGGGGGUCAGUCAGAGGGGGGGUCAGUCAGAGGGGGGGGUCAGUCAGAGGGGGGGUCAGUCAGAGGGGGGGUCAGUCAGAGGGGGGGUCAGUCAGAGGGGGGGUCAGUCAGAGGGGGGGUCAUGCAACACCCGCAAGGGUCUGGAACUCACCCGCCUCACGCUGCUGGAUGCCCACGGCAAGGUGCUGCUAGACGAGCUGGUGAAGCCUGACAGUCCCAUCACCAACUACAAUACGCAGUUCUCCGGCAUAACGCCACAGAUGCUGGCCGGAGUGACAACCACUCUGCAGCAGGCACAGGAGCAUUUUCUCGGCAUAGUCAGCGCAGAGACCAUCCUGGUCGGCCAUUCCACAGAGAGCGAUCUGCACGCGAUCCGGGCCGUCCAUCUGCGCGUGAUCGACACGUCACUCCUCUUCCCCCACCCCCGCGGGCCGCCCUUCAAGUGCGCUCUGCGCUUCCUGGCAGUGGAUUACCUUGGGAGGACCAUACAGGCUGGCUGGUGGGGGGGACAGGGUGGGGAAGGGCGAGCAGGGAGGGGAAGGAGAGGGGGGAUGAGAGGGGGGUUGAGAGGAGGAUGGUCGUUUCACAGGGGGAGGGGUGGUGCUGCUAGUGGUGGUGCUGAUGGUGCCGCUUCUGCUGCUGCUGCUGCAGCGACAGUGGCAGCUUCAGCGGUGGCAGGUGGUGUUGGUGAUGGUGCUGCUGGUGCUGCAAGGGGUUACCGCAGGAGUAACACGUGGUGUCGUAAUGAUCAAAAUUCAGUGGCAGCAGCACCGCCCGCUACCGCAGCAGGAGGUGUGGGUGGUGAGGGAGAGGCGGCAGCAAACGGCGGGCAGCAUGAGGCUGUGCGUGGGAGCACAGGAGGUCCCCACUUCGGGCUGCCUUGA